AUGCAAAGUUCCUCCAGAUCAGAACACCUCAAGAAAAACCAGCAGAGACCCACAGGGAAGAGAACUCACCGCUGCUCUGAAUGUGGGAAGAGAUUCACCUCCUCAGCAGACCUCAAAAGACAUCAGAGAAUCCAUACAGGAGAGAAACCUUAUAGCUGUGCUCAAUGUGGGAAGAGAUUCACCACCUCAUCAGGCAUUAAAAUUCACCAGAGAAUCCACACAGGAGAGAAACCGUAUAGCUGUGCUCAAUGUGGGAAGAGAUUCACCACCUCAUCAGGCAUUAAAAUUCACCAGAGAAUCCACACAGGAGAGAAACCUUUUAGCUGCUCUGACUGUGGAAAGAGUUUUGGUACUUCAGGAUGUUUAAAAUCACACCAGAGAACACACACAGGAGAUAAACCUUAUAGCUGUGAUCAAUGUGGGAAUAGUUUUACUAAAGCUGGCAGUCUGACUAAACAUCAGAGAACACACACAGGAGAGAAACCUUUUAGCUGCCCUGACUGUGGAAAGAGUUUUGGUACUUCAGGAUGUUUAAAAUCACACCAGAGAACACACACAGGAGAUAAACCUUAUAGCUGUACUCAAUGUGGGAAGAGUUUUACUCAGUCAACCAGCCUGAUAUCACACCAAAGAACACACACAGGAGAAAAACCUUAUAGCUGUACUCAAUGUGGGAAGAGUUUUACUCAGUCAGGUGGCCUGAAAUCACACAAGAGAACACACACAGAAGAGACAGCUUAUGGCUGUACUCAAUGUGGGAAGAAUUUUGUAUCAAUUGGCUAUCUGAAGAGGCACCAGAGAACACACAUAGGAGAUAAAUAUUUUUGUUGUGAUCAAUGUGGGAAGAGUUUUGGUACAUCUGGCUAUCUGAAGAUACACCAGAGAACACACAGGAGAGAAACCUUAUAGCUGUGAUCGAUGUGGAUACUCUGAUAAACGAUCUGAUAAAACAUUAGAAAAUACAUACAUGAAGGAGUUGUUUCCUGAUAUCAAUUAAAUAAUGUCACAAUGUAGAAUGUGUAUACAUUGUAGUAGGAGUAUUUUAAUAAUGUCACAAUGUAGAAUGUGUAUACAUUGUAGUAGGAGUAUUUUAAUGAUGUCACAAUGUAGAACCCUAAACGUUUGUCCCCUGUUCUAUUGAUUUGGACACGUUAAAACUGUGUUUUGACAUUGGGCUAUCCCACCCUAGCAAAAUGUAAUUGAAAAUUUUUUGAAAAGAAGACUAUGCCCGAUGUCCAGUACACGUUUGGUUUUAGUUGAGAAGAUUGUUUUUUCAACGUACUUGCAGCCUGAACACAUGGACGCAGUAUAAUAAAUGGGUCUAUAAUCAAUUUUAUUAUUAAUCCUACAUCACUCCAGUAUUUAUUUACAACAUCCAAGUGCUAAUUGUCUUUAUUCCACUACUGAAGAAGCAUGACUCAAAUAACCUCAUAUUUCAAACAUUCAGCCUGACAAAAUAUAUAUAUUUUAUUAUUCCAUGCCUCACCACUCUUAAUUAUUGCCCAUACAUAUUAACAAAGGGGUGUACAUUUGGUAUUUAUAUUUCAUACUUACAUUAGUAAUCAUAUUUAUUUAAGCAACCAACUGACAAUUUUUGGGUACAAUUACAGUUGAAGUCGGAAGUUUACAUACACUUCGGUUGGAGUUAUUAAAACUAGUUUUUCAACCACUCCACAAAUUUCUUGUUAACAACCUAUAGUUUUGGCAAGUCGGCUAGGACAUCUACUUUGUGCAUGACACGUAAUUUUUCCAACUAUUGUUUACAGACAGAUUUUUAGGGUUGUAUCUGGUGGGUUCCUUGAUCAUUUGUGAGAUUGAGGGCAUCUAGGAUGGAUUUUUGGUCACUUAUGAACAUUUGAAAAUCUUGGCCAUGUUCUGUUAUAAUCUCCUCCCGGCACAGCCAGAAGAGGACUGGCCACCCCACAUAGCCUGGUUCCUCUCUAGGUUUCUUCCUAGGUUUUGGCCUUUCUUGGGAGUUUUUCCUAGCCACCGUGCUUCUACACCUGCAUUGCUUGCUGUUUGAGGUUUUAGGCUGGGUUUCUGUACAGCACUUUGAGAUAUCAGCUGAUGUACGAAGGGCUAUAUAAAUAAAUUUGAUUUGAUUUGAAGUAAUUGAAGCCAUCGGAAUGUUGAUUCAGCAGACAGUUGCUGUUGAAGUGAGAAAGGCAGGGAUGUUCUCAAUACGAAUGGACACAACAGGAUUUAACAUCCAAAGACCAGUGUGCAGUAGUUCUGCGAUAUGUCACUGAUGUUGUCCACAAGAGACUCAUUGCGGUCAUUGACUGUGAGUCAUCGAUUGGACAGUACUUUGUGGACCUUGUGAAACAGACCCUUGAGAAGAUGGACAUAGAUAUCAAACAGUGUGUUGGUAAUGCAACAGCUCUCUGCUGGCUUCUCCAUCUCGUUAGUGGGAAGGUGUUUCACCUGAGCUGGUCCAGGUUCUAUUUAAGAGUGUCUGGCCCAGUGCUCCAGUUGUCUUGAUAGAUGUGGAGAGUCAACACCUUUAGUUGCUCCACCUUUUUGGUUUGCUUCCUGUCUUUAAGUCUUUAAGUUUGGUGUGGGUUUUUCUUUUGUUUGAAUGUUCAUUAGUCUUCCAGUUUAGUUUUUCAGUUAUUCUGUUUUUUUAUCCUCUUAUGUUUGUGUAUUAAAUAUGUGUUUAUUUUAGUUUUUUAUGUUUUUUCCUGUGAAACCAUUGUGUUGCAUUCAUGUCUGAAAUGUGCUGUAUAAAUAAAGCUGAUGUGAUGUACA